AUCUUGCAAAGUUAUCAGUGCUACCUGAUUCCCUUAAACUCCACCGCCAGGCUUGAAAAUCUGCUUCAGUGUUUUGCGUCAGCUGAGGACUAAACAAGACCCGACAGCGAGCUCCUGACCUAGCCUGCCAGCUGGCCUAGCUUUGGUUUGAACCAGGGUACCGCUUUGACAACGUGGUUUACGCAGUAUAGUGAAACACCGUCUGCACUAUUUUACAACUUCAGCUCGGUAGUGGAUAAAGAAGUAGGACACAAGACGAAGCCUGCACAGCGUGUGAUCGGAGAGCCUGGAUUGUGUUGUUCUCUCUGUGUGUGAUACACCUGAUGAGAAGAUGCUUAGCAGUGUAUCGUGUACCCAAUAACCAUCUGAGAUCACCCUCUACUCAAUGCUAAGAAGCAACCCAAGACAUUGUCAUCUCAAACUCUGCUGAAUUUUCUCUGGUGUGUUUUAAGAUUCUUCAAAGCGCCUAAGCAGAUUUCAUUUUUCCCAACGUGGUUUUAAAAACCUAGUUACACAAUCAGCUUCAGUGAUGAUGAUUUUUAACACUUCGGAGGAUAUGUCAAGUCUGCAUAAAUCCUCUUUCGCCGGCUUGUCCGAGGAGCCGAGUAUGCACCACUCGCAGCAGACGGCGACGGGGCUCGCCAACGCGUUGGCCGGCGGGCCUUGCAGGCCUGGCUACGGUAUGCCACACUCAAUCGACGGGAUUCUCGGUAACGGGGGUGCCCGAGGCCGCAACGGUAGCGGGGAGUCACCAUCGCCCGAUAACAAAGACAUGACACCUCUGACGUCACCAAUCGGCGAGUCCGUUAAGGACAAUGAUAGCGUCAACCCCUCCGGAGUCGGAACGGCAGGCGGUAAGUCCUCCGACCUGCACGACGCCUCAGCCGGUAGUCCACGUGACAAAUCCUCCGAGGAGAAUAACAACAAUAAAGGUGAUGACGGGAAGGAUGGCGAGGGCUCUAAGGGGGACGAUGCCUCUAAGAGAAAGAAGAGAAGAAACAGGACAACCUUCACGAGCUUCCAACUUGAGGAGAUGGAAAGGGUCUUCCAGAAGACACAUUAUCCAGACGUGUAUUGUAGGGAGCAGCUCGCCCUGAGAUGUGAUCUAACUGAAGCACGUGUGCAGGUAUGGUUCCAGAAUCGUCGUGCAAAAUGGCGGAAGAGGGAGCGCUUCCAACAGCUGCAGGGCAUGCGUGGUAUAGGGCCCGGCGGUGGCUACGAAAUGCCUAUAGCCCCACGACCCGACGCAUACUCACAGGUGAGUCCCCCCGGGUUCCACGUGGGCGACAUCACUCAGCCACCGGCGCCCGUUGAGGGCGCCAUGCUCCGCAUUUGCAGGAACCUGCAAAAUCUGCGGCGAGAAUUUGACACGCGCAAGCUGGCUUCCGGGCAGGCGGCAGAGGGCGCUGUUGAUAGCCAGUCGCCAAUGAUGCAGGCCUCGCCAUGGGGUCACAACAUGUCUUCACCCCUGACCUCAACAAUGAACCCCGCCCCUAUGCAGAUGCAACAACCUCCUCACAACUCAUGUAUGGCACCUCAGUCCAAUCUCCCCAGUUUUAUGGGCGUUACUAAUCAGAACCAACUCAACCAGCUCAACCAACUCACACAACAAGCCAAUAAUCCAAUCAACGCCAUGGCGCAAGCCGUCACCGCCGGUAACCCCGCCGCUGCGCAGUUCAUGUCACACGCUGCAGCUGCACAGAAUGUGAAUACAUAUAACGGACAGUACGGGGAGAGUGGUGGAGUGAUGCAUUGUGGGCAGGAGGGUGGAGAUCGAAGGACGAACAGUAUAGCUGCACUGAGGUUACGAGCGAAGGAACACAGCACUGUUGUAGGAAUGAUGAACGGUUACUCCUAGAACUCGGUAUGCACGGCUAGGAGCAGCAUCAAUAUUUAUAUGAACCCAUUUUGUAUAGAGUUACGACCGUAGAGGGCGCGAAUCUCAAUUUUAUUCGAUAAGAGCUUCUGAUCCGAGUGGAGAACACAGUAAUUUGUUGGUGGCAGAAGUGGGAUUGCUGACCGCGGAUUGUAAACAGAUCUGUUUACAGUUCUACCACCGCAAAUAGGAUUAUGUCAAUGGAUCGACAGUAGCACAUUGUUGUGUUUCUGAGGGUUGUGUGCCGUCGGUCUCAGAUCUUUCCUAAAGAACAUCAUUGAAGUGGAGAAAUAUGAAUAUUCAUGAGUCAAUACCCACGUGACGAGAGAUAUUGACGCAGCGAUCUCGCCUCCUUGGAUCUAAGAAGCUACUGUGAGACAUGCGCAGUCAAAACCAAACAAAAUGUUUACAGGCACUCCCCAUAAAAGACUUUUUGAGACCAUCUUUAGUAGAACUAUUAUUAUAAAAAAGGUGCAAAAUAUUUGUCAAAAUAAUGCUUUAAAUGUUUAUUAAAAAAAUAAAAGUGUUUGCUCUUCCCGCUUAUCCAUGCUCUAUAAGUUACAUUUUACUUGAGUAGUUUAUUUUUGGACAGCGGCCAUUGGUUACACUCAUAUCUUCGCUCAUAAUAAAAGGGCACAAAAUAAUAAUCGACAUUUUGUACUGUGAAUACUACUUUAGGGUGUUCAAAAUGUUAACAAGACAACAAAUUUACGCUGCAUAUGAUGGGGCUGUCUUGUCUUCUAUCCAAUUGGAAACUUAUCACUGUGAAGAUUAACUAUGUUUUGUGUCAAUAAUUUUUUAUCUGUUUUUGAGAUCAUAGAUUACUGUCAGUUGUCAAACAUGUCUUUAUAUCAUUUUAAAGAGAAUUUUUAACUAUUUGAUCAAAUUAAGUUUAUUGUUGAAAUUGUUAUGGUUGUGUUUAUGUAUCUGCAAAUAUUUUAAGAAAGCGUUCUAUCGGAUGAGCAAUUCGUCAACAGAACAUUCAAAAUCUGGGGUUAAAAUGCAAGCCAGUUUAAUUUUAAAAUGUUUAAAAUGUUCUUGAUUGUUUUCCGCCUAUUUGAGCACAUGUUUAAAUACCGAGUAGAUCAUACUUCUUGCGGAUGUAUUUAAAACGUGUAGAUGGCGAAAAUGUAUUCAGUCAACCAGCUAUUGUGCUUGCCAAGUUCAGCGAUUUAGAUGUAUGACUGUAUGUAGAGGUAGACUAGCUACGAUUUAACCCGGUUAUUGUCAAAAAUAGGCCAACCAUUAUGGAUAUGUCAUGAAAGAUUAAGUUGGGAAACGUUUGUGGAAACAUUUUGAAUAGUUACAUGCAUCCUUCGAGCUUUUCUUAUCGAGUAUUUAUGUCUUUGUUUUAUACGAUGGCCCAGUUGCAGUAUUCAAAACAAAUUGCAAUAUUGGGAUACCAACGUAGUUCAUCAGAAGAAAGCAUUUACUACGUGAACUGCUUCAUGAUGCAUUUAGCUAUUACUAAGCCACAAUACACUACUGUGUUAAUGUAUCAAAAGUCAAAAACAGGUUACCGGCUAAGUGACGGGUACGCGUGCCUCACGCCUCGUCUGUAUCCGUUAACUGUUUCAUGUAGAAUAAAUUUGUUUCGGCAAACAGUCGUAGAUAGAAUUGUUUAGGUAGAUUGAUUUUUAAAAUUCCCAUGACCAUGGACAGGGGAUUUAUGGAACAGCGUAACGUAUUUCAGGGAAACAGACAGUUCUUUUUGGACUGCAUUUUGUAAAUAAUAGCUUAUUACGUAAAUAUAAUUAACACAAGACUGCAUAAACUUACAACACGCAUCGUGCAUGUACAUUCGAUUUGGAAUUCAUCUGACAAUUAUUUUGGUUCACUCAGCUUUCAGUUUGUUCAUCGAAGAAACAUCUUCCAAAAAGUCUUCAAUAAUAGGAACGUUUAAAAAAGGAAACUUGCCAUAAAUUUAAAGGCACUUGACACAUUUGGUAAUUGCCAUAGACCAAAUAACACUUGGU